AUGGUGAUGACGUGCGACGCGCGAUUGUCGAUUUGCGUAGAACAGAGCCGCGUUCGCGGGUUGCUCACUAUCGCUCUCUCGGAUUAUCUGCGAACGUGGCGCUCGAGACCAGAGUUCAGACACUUGUUUCAAAAGUUUGCCAAAGUCCACGCGUUGUAUGACGCCAGCUCCUACGAGCGCGCUUUGCAGACGAUCGCGCGGAACGGGAAGAUGUUCUCACAGAGCAAACUCGCCAAAUCCGCCGACGUCGCCCUGGUGUGGGAUCCACGUCGCGUCAUGACAGUGACGCCCGCCGAACUCAAGGUCCACAACCGAGUGCACGAGCGCGGCGACGACGAUUUCGGUUCCCCCGUGGCGGCGCCCGGCGGCGUCGUCGGCACCCUUCUCGACGGCGCCAUCGUGGUUUGGGCGUAA